AAGAAAGUGAGGGAUAGAAAAGAAGAUGGAUUUUUAUUCUCCUCUGCUACUGGGACAGCAACAACAACAGCAACCUUUUGCAAUGCAUCUCUUAUUCUUCUUUCUUGCAUUGCUUUUACUCUUCCAGCUACUGCUACAAUUCAAGAACCGUCACUUCCCGCCCGGUCCGCGUCGCCUGCCGAUCAUCGGGAACAUGCUGAUGAUGGAUCAGCUGACUCACAGGGGCCUCGCCAAGCUUUCUGAGCACUACGGUGGCCUUGUCUAUCUCCGUCUCGGCUUCCUCCGGACUGUCAUUGUCUCCACCCCAGAGAUGGCUCGACAGGUCUUGCAAGUGCAAGACAACCUUUUCUCCAACCGACCCACCACCAUUGCCAUCCGAUACCUCACCUACGGCCGUUCCGACCUUGUUUUUGCCCACUAUGGGCACUUCUGGCGCCAGAUGCGCAAGCUCUGUGUCAUGAAGAUCUUCAGCCGCAAGCGCGCUGAGUCAUGGGUGUCAGUCCGGGAUGAGGUCGAGUUAACCCUUCGAACUGUCGCCAAUGGGUCCGGCUCAGCUGUUAACAUUGGCGAGCAAGUGUUCUCCCUUGGCCAGAACAUCACCUGCCGAGCAGCAUUUGGAACUUAUUCCCACAAGGGCCAGGAUGAGUUAGUAUCCAUCAUGCAAGAGUUCUCUAAGCUCAUGGGAGCCUUCAAUGUUGCGGAUUUCAUCCCUUGCAUUGGUUGGUUUGACCCACAGGGAUUUAAUAAGAGACUCGCCAAGGCUCGGCAAGCGUUCGACUGUUUCAUCAAUGACAUUAUUGAUGAUCACAUUGAGAAGAGGAUGAACAAAGCAGGCAAUGGAGAGGAAAAAGAUACCAACAUGGUCGAUGAUCUCCUCGCAUUUAUCGGUGAUGGCGAUGAAAACUGUGGUGGCAAGCCUGACGAUCUUCAAGGUUCCUUAAAGCUCACAAGAGAUAACAUCAAAGCCAUUAUAAUGGAUGUGAUGUUCGGCGGCACCGAAACUGUGGCAUCGGCCAUCGAGUGGGCCCUGGCAGAGUUGAUGAAGCAUCCAAAUGAGCUGAGGAAGGUACAGGACGAGCUCACUACGGUGGUGGGAUUGGAUCGCAAGGUGCACGAGAGCGACCUCCAUAAGUUGGCCUACCUAAAAUGCACAGUGAAGGAGACACUGCGCCUCCACCCGCCCGUCCCUCUCCUUCUCCAUGAAACCACCAUGGACUGCAAGCUCUUCGGCUACUCUAUCCCAGCCCGCACACGAGUGAUCAUCAACACAUGGGCCUUAGGGAGGGACAAGACUGCUUGGGAGGACGUAGAGGCAUUCAUACCCUCUAGGUUCACUGGAGAAGGCGGUGUUGACUUCAAAGGGAAUCACUUCGAGCUCAUACCGUUUGGGUCCGGGAGGCGUUCUUGCCCCGGCAUGCAGCUGGGCAUCUAUGCCUUGGAGCUGGCUUUGGCCCAGCUUCUCCACUGCUUUACUUGGACGCUGCCUGAUGGUGUGAAACCAUCAGAGCUAGACAUGAGUGACGUUUUCGGCCUUACAGCACCCAAGGCCAUCCGCCUUGUCGCAGUCCCUACUCUCCGUCUCAGCUGCCCACUCUUCUAAUGAUUCAAGCAUACUUCUUGCCCUAAUAAGCCUCACUUGCUUAGAUGGUCUGAUGAUUGAUUGUCCAUGAUCUAGAAGUUAUUCUUACAUGGGCCAUGAAAGUGACAAAAAUUGAUGGGCUCAAAUCAUCAGAUCAUCUCAUCAUGUGGACCCCAAUGUUUCCUCACAUAGGUAAAACGACCUCAUUAUGUUUUGUAAACGUGAAUAACGACCGCUCAAUCUAAGUUGAGUUUGGAAGACCAUUAUUUGUAAGUUAGUUCGUAAGAAUGAUGAUAACAGUGAAUAUUCCCCCCAUGUGGAUUCUCCACAGUGGGAACUUCUAAUGGUGGGGCACACAUGAGGACUAUAGUUCUAAAAUUCGUUGAGUCGACUCAAAACUUGGCUAACUCAACUUGACUUAAUGGGAUUUCAAGCCAAAGUUUAUGUUAUUGCAAUUAUAGAUUUAUGAUUUCUGUAAAAUAAUUUUUUUUAAAAA